UGUUUGUAGAACGAAACAAAACGUCCACGAAAUGAUGACCAGAAAGCCUCCUAUUUAAAUCAGUUUUGAGUCAUGUUUCAUGCAAAAUAACUGAGCAGAUUUUCUGCUGUUCUUCUUUCCGGUAAACUAAACAUGCACUCACCGGCCACUUUGUUAGAUAAACCGGGUCAACUGCCCAUAAUGCAAGUCGGUCAGUCGCGUCACAUAAUAGAAUUUUAGUGCAUUUAGAAAUGCAGACAUAGCGAGGAAGACCUUUUGAAGUCCAAACUGAGCACCGUAGUGGGGGGAAAGGUGAACGUGGCAUGGUUUUUGGUGACAGACAAGUUGUUCUGAGUAUUUCAGAAACUGCUGAUCUGCUGGGAUUUGACCACACACCCAUCGUUAGUGUUUACAGAGCAUGGUCUGAAGAAAAGAAAAAUAUCCAGUGAGCAGAAGCUCAGUGGACGAAAAUGCCUUGUUGAUGUCAGAAGACAAUGACCAGACUACUUCCAGCUCAUAGGAAGGCUACAGGAAGUCAAAUAACCACUUGCUCACAACAGCUGAAGCUUGACGCAAACGGGCUACAGCAAGCGAGGAUAAAAUGUGCACCAAAAUUGGAUAAAGAUCAUUAGAACAUUAGAAAAACGCUGCCUGGUCUGAUAAGUCUGGAUUUCUGCUGCAACAUCAGAUGGCAGGGUCAGAAUAUGGAGUAAAGAACAUGAAAGCAAUGAUCAGUCCUGCUUUGUAUCAAAGGUCCAGGCGGCAGGUGGUGUAAUGCUGUGGAGGAUAUUUUCUUGGUAUUAAAAAUCCACCAAUGGAAAAGUUUGUGAUUCAGGAUCGGAACAAACGUCGCUGCACCAGUGAAACUCCAGCAGGAAGUCUGAGAAAAAAGAUUAAACAGGAAAGAGACGAGAAAAUGAAGGAGGAAGACUCUGAAGAUGAUGAGGAUGCAGCCUUUGCAGAGUUCUCCAAUCCCGUUCCCUGGCAAAAAAUAGAAGCAGAGGGACUAGACUGUGAUUAUGCACUGCUUUUCUCUAAAGAGGAGGCAGACCGCCUUUUUACACAGCUGGAGGAGGAGGUGGUGUAUGCAACAGGUGAAGAGUCAAAGGUCCAGGUGUAUGGAAAGGUGUACAACAUACCGAGAAAGCAGGCCACGUAUGGAGAUGCAGGCCUAACUUACACUUAUUCUGGGGUGAGGCGUUUAGCCUGCCCAUGGACUCCAACUUUGGAAUACAUUCGAGACACUGUCACCAAAACGACGGGACAGACAUUUAACUUUGUCUUGAUCAACAGGUACAAAGAUGGGCAGGAUCACAUGGGCGAGCACCGUGACGACGAGAAGGAGCUGGACCCCCGCUGUCCCAUCGCGUCGGUCUCUCUGGGAGCAACACGGGACUUCGUCUUCAAACACAGAGACUCACGAGGAAAGCAGAGCCGCCGACAGAUUGAACCUGUGAAGCUGGAGCUCGCUCACGGAAGCCUGCUCCUCAUGAACCCGCCGACCAACACCUUCUGGUACCACAGCCUCCCUAUGCGCAAGAAGAUCCUCCUGCCUCGCAUUAACCUCACAUUCAGGCGCAUUCUGCUGGACAGCAAGCGUGAGAGCAAGACGAAGCCGGAUGUAAAUUAGGGACAUGGCCAUGUGCACUGCUGAGCAACAGCUACUAACAGCACAGCUCCAAUUUAAGCAACUUGACACUCUGGAGGAAGACUUACUUUUUUUUCAGUGAAUCAGCAUUUAACUUUACUCACCUCAUAUUCAUGUUUCUGUUUGAAAAGAAGGCAACGACUUCAGAUCAAUAAAUGUAAACAGUUAAGUUGACUUGUGAGAUUGUUUGUUCUCAUUGAUUGGACUGCUGCUGCUAUGUGGUGUAUUUACUGUGUACUUUAGAAGCUCUGGAAAGUAAAGGUUGCAUUUAAAGGAAAGGUAUGUAAACAAUGAAAAUGUACUUCUUAGUGGAUUAUGAGGUUGGUCCAAAUGUAGACUGGUUUAAUCAGACUUCUCUUUAAUGGGUUUAAUGGGUAUGGGGAGAGGGGUGCAUGAGUUCAGCAUCAGUUUGUUCCCUGGAUAUGGAAAUAUUUGUUGAUACAGGAGCUUUUUUUUGAUGUUCCAGAGUUGUCAGAUUCCAAGGUUAUAUACACUCGCCAAUUUAUUAGGUUGGACCCCUUUUACCUUCAGAGUAGUCCCCAGAUAUUUUGGUCCAUGUUGACAUGACAGCAUCAUGUAGAUCCAUGAUGCAAAUUUUCUGUUCCACCACAUCCCAAAGGUGCUCUAUUAGAUUGCUGCCACAAUCAUUAGAUGGCAAAUUUUGGUAAGACUGUACCAAUUGUAGCCUCAAUUUUCUAUUGUUAGCUGAAAGGAGUAGCACCCAGUGUGGUCACCUGCUGCUGUAGCCCAUCUGCUAGGAGGUUCCAACAUUCAGAGAUGCUCUUCUGCAUGCCUUGGUUGUAACACGUGGUUGAGUUAUUGUUGCUUUCCUAUCAGCUGGAAGCUGUCUGGACAGUCUUCUCUGACCUCUAGCACAAAAUAUCCAGUGAGCUGCAGUUCUUUUUCAGACCACACUCGGUAAACCAUAGAGAUGAUUGUGUGGGAAAAGUCCAAGUAGAUCAGCAGUUUCUGAAAUAGACCAGCCCACCUGGCACAAUCAACAAUGCUACAUUCAGAAUCACCUUUGUUCCCUAUUCUGAUGUA